AUGAAAUUAUUGAAUACGUUUGGCUAUAAAGCUUUUUCAAUGGCAUUUUAUGGAGUUUUAUAUGAUUUUAUGCGAAUGAAGAGGAAAGAAUUUGAAAGAUUUAUAAUAUAUAGAACGAAUUGUUCUUUAUAUGAUUAUUGGCUUAUUAAAUCGUCUGGAAAUGCAAUUUUAUGUAAUUUUAUUCCAAGAACUGGAUUUUUUUCGGAGAAAAGAUAUUUAAAUAGUAUUUUAAAACCAUUAGUUCCCAGUGGAUUUCAAAAAAAUAGUUUUUCUGAUAAGAGUCAAAAAAACAUUAAUGAUACAGAAUUGCAAUUAUGCUUUAAAAAAAUAGAAGAAACUAUGUUAAAUAUGAGGACAGAUUUAGAACUCCAUAAUUUUGUUGAAAAAUCAAUAUUUGAACCUUUUAAAAAACAGUUAUCAGAGGGAAAGAUUAAUAAAAGAUUGUCAAAAUCUAUUAUUUCACGUCUAUAUUCACAGUUACUUCAAAAAGCAAUGGAAAUAUUUCGAUUAAAUUUUUUAGAUUAUGUAUCUGUGGCUACAAUAUUUGAACGUAUCAAAGAACUUGGUCCAGAAUCAUUUGUUUUAGGCUGUUCAUCUAAUGUAUAUAAUGAAAUGUUAUUAGCACGAUGGGAAGGAUGGAAUGAUAUAAUUGAGAUUGAGAAUCUUUUGACAGAAAUGAAGAUAAAUUCUGUUCCAAGAACUGAAAAAACUUUAAAAAUUUUUGAGAAAAUAAGAUCAGAUAUUGAAAAUAUGGAACUCCAGAAACAUCUUUUAAAUGAUACAUUAUUGUCAAAUAAUAAUAUGGCAUACCGUGAACGUUUAGAUGCCAUAUAUGAUGAAAUCUUACAUGAAAUUUUUUUGAAAAAAUGA